UAUUUUUAUCAAACUAAUUAAUAAUCACUUUUUCCUUUUUCUUAUUUUCUUUCCUCUUCUUCCUCAUCUUCCUUCUUUUGCACCAUUUUAAUGGUGCGCAUAUGCUACCUUCUCAUUCCAAAAUUUCACCAUUUCUUUAAUCUUAAUCAAUAACUAAUCCAUACCCAAUAUUAAUUAAUUAAUUAAUACUUAAUUAAUUAAUUACUUAAUCAAUUAAUAUAAUUAAUUAAGAGUUCUUUUUGCUUGCAAAGAGGGAUUUGUAUGGAAUCUCCCACUUCAUAAAAAAGAUCUCAAACCCUAACCACCAAAUCUCCUCCCCAUUUCUUCCCUAAUUCAUUGAACCAAAUCUUUUUUUCCACAAUCAUUUUUAUUUGAUCUUGAUCUCCAUGUUUCCUUUUCAAAGUGGUGAGUUGUCUUUCCAAGUUUCUAAUAAUAAUUUGGAAGAUUCUAAUUUUCUUUAUAACCAACUUGAGCAAAAUGUGAGUGUUCCUACUACUACCACUACUAACCUUCUAGAAAAUCCUCAACAUGGUCUUAAUCCAUGUUUAAAGAGCUCAAAAACUCGAAAAUCGCGGUCCGAAAAGUCUAUCCAAGAUAAUAAUAACAAUGGAGAUGAGAUUAAUGGGAAUGAUAAUGCAAACAAGAAGGUUAUUCAUCGAGAAGUCGAACGCCAACGACGGCAAGAAAUGUCUAAUCUUUAUUCUUCCCUUCGUUCCCUUCUUCCUAUGGAGUAUGUUAGGGGAAAAAGAUCGGUAUCGGAUCACCUAACGGAGGCAACAAGGUACAUCAAAGACUUGGAGAAGAAUGUUAAGGAACAAGGAGAGAAAAGAGACAAUCUUAAACACUCAUUUUCUUCAUUAGAAAACCAAAUAAAUAAUAAAAGAGAUAAUUUUCAAUGUUCAUCAUCAACUAGUACUACUACCUCCGCCAGUAGUAGUACUAGUGAUUAUAAUGUGAGCAUUCACAAAUUCUCAAGAACAAUUCAGAUCGAAAUCACGGCCGGAGUUGAAGAUGAAGAUCCUUACCCUAUUUCAAAAAUACUCAAAUUGUUAGCACAACAAGGGUUUGAUGUUGUUAGUUGUGUUACUUCUAAACUUAAUCAAAGGUGGAUUUACGUGAUUUAUUGUGAGGUUGAUGAUGUUACAUCGGUAGAUUCGUGUCAUUUGCAAGAGAAAUUGAUGAGUGUAGUUUCUUCAAAUGAUACAUUAUUUGAUCUGAUCUUUCCUAAAAUCAGAACAAAACAACAAAAAAUGUUCCCUUUCCAGCAAAGUUGUGAGCUGUCUUUCAAGAUUAGUGAUGAAGGGGACCAAUUUGAUGAACUAACCAACUUUGAACAAGAUCAGAUUAUAAUGGACAAUAAUGCUUCUGUUGGAGGCCUCAAUAAUACUCAAGGAAGAGGUCGAGGUCGUGGUCGUGGUCGAGGCCGGGGCCGAACAUUAUCAUCAUCAUUAUUAGCUGGUAUUAGUGAUAAUACUAAUACCAAUACUAAUAAUGAUGAUGAAAAUGAGAGAAAGGUUUUGCAUAGAGAGUAUGAACGUCAAAGGAGGCAAGAAAUGGCUAAUCUUUAUCAUUCUCUUCGGUUAACCCUACCUCCUGAAUCGAUACAGGGAAAGAGAUCAAUAAGUGAUCAUGUAGAUGAAGCUGUAAAUUACAUCCAACACUUGAAGAAGAAUGUAAAGGAUCUUGAAGAGAAGAGAGAUGAGCUUAAAAACUCGAUCGAAUCGAGUAUUUCGACUAAUGAAUUAGGUGGAUCAAGCAAUUCUUCAAGAGUAAUUACAGGCAUUAUUGUACUAAUCAGAGAAUCUGUAGUUGGUUUUGAGAUAGAGAUUAGUGUUGGUUAUGAAGACGAAGGCCGGUUUUCGCUUGCAAGAGCUCUUCAAGUAGUUUUUGAUGAAGGACUUGAGGUUGUUAGUUGCACUUCAACCAAGUUUAAUGAAAGAGUAAUUCACCAUUUGCAAUGUCAGGUGGCAAACACAACAUGCAUUGAUGUGAAUCGGCUACAACAGAGACUGAUGAACGACCAUGUUUGCUGAUCAAAUGUUAUACGCCCAUACUCCAUAUAUAACUUCUUAAGGGCCGUGACUUAAUCUGGAACGGAGGGAGUAUCAUGCAAUAUGUGUUACACAUAUGUUCAUUUUAUUGUUCUUUUUGUUACUUAGGCAAUGUAAUGUUACUGGAGUAGGAAGGGUGUGUAACAAAUAUAGUUGUAUAUAUAAAUGUGUGAGCGAAAUCAAAGAAAUUUGUUUAUUCUUACCGAAACCGAAUAAAGUAAAACUUCCUUUCA